AUGCUGCUGAAACACGCUGCUUUGGCCCUGGCGGCCCUCCAGUGCGUUGCGGGUCUCCGCUUCGCGAUGUAUGUUGACCAAUGGCAUACCCAAAACCUACCGGGCAGCGACAAGACCCAGGGCAUCACACAUGCAAUUAUGGCCUUCGCCCAAUCCACGCUCUUUGACAGCGAUUCGCCCGCCGCUUUCGCGCCUUUCGAGCCGGUCUCAACGUUCCGCAAUCGCUUCUCGCCCGAUACAAAGGUGUUGAUCGCGAUUGGCGGAUGGGGGGAUACAGCUGGGUUCUCUAGUGCUUCGAAGGACGAGGCCUCUCGGGAGCGAUACGCAAAGAACGUCGCCGCGAUGCUGGACAGCAAUGGCUUUGAUGGCGUGGACAUCGACUGGGAGUACCCCGGUGGAAAUGGCGCGGACUACAAACAGAUUCCGAACGAGCAGAAGAUCGACGAGAUUGUGAAUUUUCCGUUGUUCAUCCAGGCUUUGAGGAAGGCUGUUGGAGAUGACAAGAUUGUCUCCAUUGCGACGCCCGGCAAGCGCGGGGAUAUGAUCGCGUAUACGAAGGAACAGGGUCCGAACAUUUGGCCGUCUGUUGACAUGGUAAAUGUGAUGUCUUACGACUUGAUGAACCGCCGGGACAACGAGACCUCCCACCACAGUGGCGUCGCGAACUCUCUUGAUACCAUCAAGGCGUAUCUGGAGAUUGGCGCACCCCCGGAGAAGCUCAACCUAGGCAUUGCGUACUAUGCCAAAUGGUUCACAGUCGAGGCGGACGCAGACUGCGGCAGUGACCCCAUCGGAUGUCCGACGGUACCUAUGGAGGCGGAAGAUGGAAGCGACAAUGGCAUGUCGGGUUCUAUGACAUUUGAACCGCAGAACAUGGCUGCUCCGCCCACUAACCUGAAGGAAUCGACUGACGGGACUUGCGGAGCGGCAAAGGGAACGAAAUGUCCGGCUGGGCAAUGCUGCAGUAUCUAUGGAUAUUGUGGAACGACCGAUGACUUCUGCUUAGCUAACUGUGACUCCGACUUUGGCGAAUGCAAAGGCGCGCCAAUCAAAGAGUCGUGGCGACGCGCUCUCGCCGAGGGCACGACGGACGAGGAGGCUGGCGGACAAUACUACAUGGACACCGAGAACCACAUCUUCUGGAGCUGGGAUACGCCUGAGCUGAUCGCUCGCAAAUUCUCGGACAUCGUGGACGCAGAGAAACUGGGAGGGGUGUUCGCUUGGAGUCUGGGCGAGGAUACAAACAACUUUGAGCACGUAAAGGCGAUGCAGGACGGCGUUGCCCAGCGUGCGGAUGCAGCACCCCCUGAGCGCACCACCGGGUGUUAG